ACUUGUGCGCAGAGGAAUCUUUUCAAACAUUUGGUUCGGUGUGAAAAAUAACAGCCGUGUUGUGCGGUUACUGUGUGUUUAUGGUUUAAGUAACAAGCGGUGGGUUUGGUCUUUUAGUUUGUAGUUGCUAUGCUUUAUUGUGCGUAAAACAAACCUAGACUUUUACUGGAUGUGUCCCUGAAGAUCUUUUUUUGUCUUAGUGGCUGAAUGGAUUCUCACAUCAUCACACCAGGUCCUUAUCGAGCCACUAAACUGUGGAAUGAAGUGACUAAGCUUUUCCGUGCUGGGAUGCCUGUGAAGAAGCAUCGUCAACACUUGAAGGCUUAUCCGAACUGCUUCACCGCCACCGCAGCUGUAGACUGGUUACACGACCUCCUCAGGAACAACUGCAACUUUGGUCCCGAUGUCACCAGGCAACAGACUGUACAGCUUUUAAAGAAGUUCUUAAAAAAUCACGUCAUUGAAGAUGUAAAAGGACGAUGUGGUGUGGAGGACAUUGAGGACAACAGUCAACUCUACAGGUUUCCACCAUCGUCACCACUCAAGCCGAUCCCUGCUACGUCUCAAGGCACAAGGAAAAGGAGUUUGUCUUUGAAGGACAGAGAGGGCUUCUUCAAAUUCAGGGGUUCCAAGAAAUUUGAUAAAGAAAUCCAAGAAAAUAUAGCUCCAGCUAUAGAAGAUACUUCCAACAGCUCUUCAGAAGAGGCUGCACACUGUAGAGAAAUCACAGAGGAAGAAAUUCAAGAUAUUUGGAAGAACGUAACAUUAACACAUUUGCAGAAGUUAUUGGGUUUGCCAUCUCUGGAAGAUGUUUUAAAUCCAGCAGAUGUCACUUCUCGCUUCAUCAUGUAUAACAUGACCAAAGUAAACAAGCAUGGUGUUGUUACCUUGGAGGAUAAGACGGAUGAUCUGCCUCACUGGGUUUUGUCAGCCAUGAAGUGUCUUGCAAACUGGCCAAAGUUUGACCAGCCAUCUUAUCCAGGCUUUGAAAGGGAUGUCUUCAAAUCAGUGUCUGACUAUUUCCACUGUCUUCCCCAGCCAAUGCUGACCUUUCAGUACUAUGAAUUGUUUGUUAAUGUUCUGGUUUUGUGCGGUUAUGCCACCGCUCCCAAUACUCGUGGAAAACGUAAAAACCUGGAGGAGCUGAGCUGUCCGCAGCCGGCUAAAGCCCCUCAUCUGAACACUGCCAAUGCUUUUAGAUCCACCGAAUGCCUCUUGCUGAGUUUGAUAAGAAAGGAAUCUUUUGAGGAGACUGACUCUCCUAUGAACGAGGUGUUUGCAACUAAAAUUAAGACCCAGUUUGCAGGCUCAAGGAUGCGCACCAUUGGACGUCCACCUAACAGGUUUCCACGCAGGAGUUGCUCUUUGGAAAGAAUCCUUGAUGAAUCUGUAGAUUCGUGCCCAAAAUGGGAGCUCUUCAGGUCUGCUGAAAGUCUAGCAUCCUUGAGGACUAACAGCACUGAUGGAUCCUCCCCUGAAGGAAGUUCUCAAGCAAAUGUGGAGACAAAGUCUGAUGGCUCUUCCUCUAUAUCCUGUAACACCUCCCCAAGUGAGACUAUUCCAAGUAUAGAGACUUCUCAAAGCUCAAGCUCUCCUCUGUCCUCAGAAUGUCAACCCUCCAGUCAGAGAACUGCUAGGCCUCGUCCCAGAAGCAUCGGAAACUGUCUUGAUAUACUAGAGCACAGAGAAACGUCAGCAAGUUGCUUUAGCAUCAAUGCUCCUGUAGCAGAAAUUACCAUGAGACCGGACUUGUCCUCCUCUACUGUUAGUCUUAGAGCGCCUGGGUUGGUUCGUUUGCAUGGAAGUUGCUUGGAUGUCAGCAAAGGGACAAGCAAUAGCAGACGUUGUCAAAGCUCUCUGGACCUGUGCAAGCCUGUUGCGCCGUCUCGUCCUUCAAUGUCUUCUGUUGCACGUCGCCUGAGUCCUGAGAAAAGCUUGUUGCAGCCUGCGCUGGAGCGUCUCGCCAUCGAGGCACUACAGCUCUGUACUCUUCUCCUUCCUCCGGUUUCUCGCCGCAAACUGCAGCUGCUCCUGCGCAUGAUCUCACGCAUGAGCCAGAAUGUGGACAUGCCUCGGUUGCAUGAAACCAUCGGUACACGCACACUGAUGGUGCAAACUUUCUCUCGCUGUGUGUUGAGCUGUGAGGAGGAAGUAGAUCUGGAUGAGCUCUUGGCCACCAGGCUGCUGUCGUUUUUAAUAGACCAUCAUCAAGAGGUACUCCAGGUACCCAUGUACCUGCGUAAUGCUGUUGAACAACAUAUCGCCUACUUCACAUCCCAGAAGAGACACCCUCUUCCAUCCUACUCCUUCUGCAAACAGAUCAGCACUCAGGAGUUUGAGGAACAGAAGCUGUCGUUGUCUCAAGCAGCUGUUGCAGAGCUGCUGGAGAGCAUCAUCAAGGACAAAGGCAUGUCGGUCAAGGAGAAGAAGAAGAAACUUAGACUGUUUCAGAAGGAAUAUCCUGACAUCUACUCUCGCCGCUUUCCCAACACAGAGAGCGAGGCACAGCUUUUUGCAGAUAAACCAAAGAUCAAACCACCAAUGUUGAUUGGCAUGAGGAAAGCUAAAGCAUUUAGCCUUCACAACUGAGUGUGGUGUUGUAGUGUGUACCUGAGCGUUAUGUGAUUUUGUCAUGAAUGCUUUAGAAUUAUGGGAUUGUCAUUCUUUGCGUUUACUGCUUAUUGUUAUUGGAGUUACAUGGAAGCUCUCACUGUUGGGGGUCAAACAAAUUUCAGGUAUUUCUGUGUUUUAUUUGCUCUCCUAGUAAGAGCAGGGAAAGCAAAUGGUCCACAUGACUGGAAGUUAUACAUUUUCUUGGGAUUGAAGUGAUAUGUCAUGCCUUUUAAGGGAUGACAGUUGUUUUUAUGAUGUUUUUCUUGCUUUAUAUAUUUGUUAUUUAUUCUAUGUACAUGUUUGCCUUUCAUUUGUGGGAGCUUCAAACUUUUGGGAGUUUCAUUUUCCAGAUUUGAAAAACAAAGGACAAUUCAGGCUUGGUUUUAUUGUUAGUUUUAAGCAUUUUCUUGAUAAUAUUAACUCUGGUGCCUUUGGGAAACGAAUUAUUUCUAACUGGAACCAUAGGUGAGCAGAAAUGUAUUUGAAAUGUUUACAAAAGGAUUAACAGCUAUUCAUUUAAGCAUGGUCGCUUAGAAACCCAAUGAAGGUGUCUUGUGUUACAACAUUA